GACACAGGAGACAAGAUGGUGGAGUGUCAGCUGGAGACUCAUAACCAUAAGAUGGUGACGUUUAAAUUUGACCUUGAUGGAGAUGCUCCAGAGGAGAUUGCCACAUAUAUGGUUGAGAAUGAGUUUAUUCUGUUGCUGGAGAGGGAGAUUUUCAUCGAGCAGCUGAAGGAGAUCAUGGAUAAAGCCGAGGACAUUCUGAAUGAGGAUGCUGAGGGUGAGAAGGCCUCUGUCCAGACCUCACCGCUCUGUCAGACGCCUGUCACAGCAGACUUCGGCCCGCAGGGGUCAAAACCUGAGCGCACGCAGUCUGACCAGCUCGUCUAUAAACAGAACGUGCUUCACACUGGAAAGCGCUGGUUCAUCAUCUGUCCUGUGGCGGAGAGGGCCGCGCCUAAUGGAGAAGAGGCCGCCGCGAACCCAGAGAGCUCCUCUACAUCUCAAACGCAGGAUGUGAGCACAGCCAGAGCCAAACCUCUGCAGAAACGGCCAUCGGUGCCACAGGCGUCCCUCUCUGAGGUUGCUCCGUCAGCCGAGUGCCCUCAGGCUGCCUGCGCAGCUGUGGUUCCUGACAUCCCAUGCUGCCCCAUUGUGCCUCCCGUUUCACUGGACGUCUCUGCUCAGAAAGCGACGGAGGUCCCUCAGCAUCUGGUCGCUUACAGCAGCAGCCCCGGCGUGGAGCCGCUCGUCAGCCAGACCCAGACCCCGCCCGUUGUGCUGCUUCAGCCCUUUUCCACGCCCACUCCACAGGCUUUGGUCAGCAGCGGCCAAUCACAGCUUCAGAGCCCCACCCAUCAGCCUCAGAGCCCCACCCAUCAGCUCCAGAGCCCCACCCAUCAGCCCCAGAGUCCCACCCACCAGCCCCAGAAUGUCCCGCCCCUGCAGCCGGGCGAAUCAGACGGGGAAGGGCCGCCCAGGCUGGAGUUCGCAGACAGAACGAUAAAGACUCUGGAUGAGAAACUGAGAAACCUUUUGUACCAAGAGUACCAGCCCUCGCAAACCACGAGCUCCGCCUCCGAGCCGCCCGGAUCACCGCCAUUGUCCGACAGCCAGGGCAGUGAUGCUGCCGUGAGGAAAGCAGAAAAACUGCCGCAGAUUCCAGAGAGGUCCGACAGUCUCGGGACCUUGAGUGAUUCUGCUGUCGCCCCCUUCAAAAGACUUCUGACCAGAAAAGACUCCGGGGCCACUUCUGCUACACACACAUCCAAGAGCCACUUCCAGAUUGUGCCAACAGAUUCAGAUGUGUCUUCUCACGAUGGUGGAGAUCGUGUGAUUGAUCUUGAAUCUGCAGCUGUUCCUGUAACUGAGAACGGACACAGAUCCACAUCAAAGUCACAAAGAAACCGUUACUCGGCACCUCCUGACUUAUAUCAGAUUGUGCCAACAGAUUCAGAUGUGUCUUCUCACGAUGGUGGAGAUCGUGUGAUUGAUCUUGAAUCUGCAGCUGUUCCUGUAACUGAGAACGGACACAGAUCCACAUCAAAGUCACAAAGAAACCGUUACUCGGCACCUCCUGACUUAUAUCAGGACACAACUACUUCCUUUCCAGAGGCCAGACCCACAAUGCCUUGCGCUCAGAGCUCGCUGUCAGCGGACGGGACGGCGCAGUGCUUGUCCUCGGACACCGGAGAGGAGGAUCAGAGCGAGACUCCGUCCGCUAAGCCCUCGUCUCUGGCUCCUGCCCCGUCAGAGUCAGGCGACGGGGACUUCAUGAAGCGGGCGGUGGCGUUCCUCCGGCGCUCGGGUCACAGCAGCAGUGUCCAAAGCUCCGAUUCGCCCCCUUGUCCUCUGGUGAACGGACACGCCCCCUCGGUUAGCGGCCCCGCCCACUCCGCUUACGUCAGCAGUGAUAACGACUCUGAGUUUGAGGACGCUGAUAUGAAACGAGAAAUGCAGAAGCUGAGAGAGAAGUGCUUGGACACAACUACUUCCUUUCCAGAGGCCAGACCCACAAUGCCUUGCGCUCAGAGCUCGCUGUCAGCGGACGGGACGGCGCAGUGCUUGUCCUCGGACACCGGAGAGGAGGAUCAGAGCGAGACUCCGUCCGCUAAGCCCUCGUCUCUGGCUCCUGCCCCGUCAGAGUCAGGCGACGGGGACUUCAUGAAGCGGGCGGUGGCGUUCCUCCGGCGCUCGGGUCACAGCAGCAGUGUCCAAAGCUCCGAUUCGCCCCCUUGUCCUCUGGUGAACGGACACGCCCCCUCGGUUAGCGGCCCCGCCCACUCCGCUUACGUCAGCAGUGAUAACGACUCUGAGUUUGAGGACGCUGAUAUGAAACGAGAAAUGCAGAAGCUGAGAGAGAAGCACAUGAAGGAGAUCUCCGAGCUUCAGGCUCAUCAGAGAGGAGAGAUCGAGCAGUUGUAUUCUCGGUUAGGUCGACCGGUUCCUCCCAGCAUGGGCUUCUUGCAUGCAGUGCCACCUACAGGCCGCCGCCGCAGAGCCUCCAAACACAAGCUGAAGGGAAGCCGACUGCUCAAUCCCAUGGUGCAACAGCUUAGGAACAACCGAAGCAACAGCUCUAGUAUGAAAGAGGGACAGUCAUCAGCUCCCCGUGGUUCAGGACCCUCCGUUGCUGAGGCACGGAGGAAAAUUAGCUUGUGGGGAUUGCAGAUGGACCUGGCUGAUGAGUUAAAAAAGGGUCUUUCCCUUUCGCACUCAUCAGUCACGGACGAGAGUGAGCUGCUGGACGACGAUGCUAUCUCUCUUACAUCAUCUGAUCCAGCGGCUAGUGCUCUGCUGGCUCAAAGCCAGGAUGAGCAGAUGUCAGAUGAAGAUGAAAAAGUUGAGACUGAGUCCUCCCAAUCCUCCUGCCCCAUGUAUGAUGAGCUGCUUGAGGUUAUGGAUCGUGCCACGGCGAGGCUUGACUCGUCGUGGAACCGGGCCAAGAAAGUGAUGCCUCGAGGCCACCUCGACGAGCGUUUACUUUCUAGCCAUAGCGUUCCGGCUCUGAUGAGCCUUCCAUUUCUUCCCGAUCUCCAUGUGGAGAUCAAGAAGGAAUGCAAAAAUCCAUUCUCAUCUCGUAUUCAUAGAUUCCAGCAUAUUAGUUAUGUCAACAUUGAGGGGAUGCAUGAGAAUGGAUAUGAGAAGAUGCACAUGAAGGAGAUCUCCGAGCUUCAGGCUCAUCAGAGAGGCGAGAUCGAGCAGUUGUAUUCUCGGUUAGGUCGACCGGUUCCUCCCAGCAUGGGCUUCUUGCAUGCAGUGCCACCUACAGGCCGCCGCCGCAGAGCCUCCAAACACAAGCUGAAGGGAAGCCGACUGCUCAAUCCCAUGGUGCAACAGCUUAGGAACAACCGAAGCAACAGCUCUAGUAUGAAAGAGGGACAGUCAUCAGCUCCCCGUGGUUCAGGACCCUCCGUUGCUGAGGCACGGAGGAAAAUUAGCUUGUGGGGAUUGCAGAUGGACCUGGCUGAUGAGUUAAAAAAGGGUCUUUCCCUUUCGCACUCAUCAGUCACGGACGAGAGUGAGCUGCUGGACGACGAUGCUAUCUCUCUUACAUCAUCUGAUCCAGCGGCUAGUGCUCUGCUGGCUCAAAGCCAGGAUGAGCAGAUGUCAGAUGAAGAUGAAAAAGUUGAGACUGAGUCCUCCCAAUCCUCCUGCCCCAUGUAUGAUGAGCUGCUUGAGGUUAUGGAUCGUGCCACGGCGAGGCUUGACUCGUCGUGGAACCGGGCCAAGAAAGUGAUGCCUCGAGGCCACCUCGACGAGCGUUUACUUUCUAGCCAUAGCGUUCCGGCUCUGAUGAGCCUUCCAUUUCUUCCCGAUCUCCAUGUGGAGAUCAAGAAGGAAUGCAAAAAUCCAUUCUCAUCUCGUAUUCAUAGAUUCCAGCAUAUUAGUUAUGUCAACAUUGAGGGGAUGCAUGAGAAUGGAUAUGAGAAGAUGCCCCCUGAUGUUGCUACCAAAGAUCUGUCGAGUCAGUUCUCUGAGCAGGUAUAUUCAGAACCGGCGGUAGCCCCCCUGGGUGGCAGGCCAGGGUCUGCAGAGACGUGCUCCAGUGUGUCGGGGUCUCCGGUCAAGAGCUCGGUUCUGGGUAACAGCUCUGUGGGAUCCAGCACAGCCACGCUGAGCACCGUGUCAGAACCACUGGAGCCGGUCCAGACUCAGCAGCCCUGCUCGCUCAAGGGUUCUCUGUCCUCUGACAACAUCUAUGGCCCCACCACACACACACCACCCCGACAAGGAUUGGUCGCUGUGUUUUCUUGUGCAGCAGCUUGUCCAAUGGGCUGUGCCAUGUGCUUUCCCCGCCCCUUAACACUGUCUUGUCUGUGCUGUUUUGCUCUUGUAGGGUCCACUCUGAAACGGCUAUGUCUAGGGAAAGAGCACAGCAGUAGGUCUCAUAGUACUGGUGCUGCCCAUGUGACUUCAGCAUCCAAUCAGAACCUGCCUCCCGCAGCCAUGCCUGCUUCAUCCUCUCUGCCGAUCACGGUGCUUGUUCAGGCUCAAGCAAACAACAGCAACAACAAAAGCGGUACAUUCACCGAUGACCUACACAAGCUGGUUGAUGAUUGGGCAAAAGAAACUCUUGCCUCUGCCUCUCAGCUCCGCCCCUCUGUGUGUCAGAGUAGACCACCGAGAUCUCAUCAGUCCUUCCAGACCUACUCCACUCCAAUGGCCAGAAUCCCCAAUCAGAUAAGGGGCUCAAUCCCUCAGGCAGCUGUAAAGUUCCAUCUACCACUGUCCUGUCCGCCGCUGUCAGCUGCUCUGGGUCCCAUCAUGCCUCAUGGCAUCACCAGCACCCCAUUACCCAUCCUCCAGCAGGGCGGAUACUUGAUGCCCACCGCCCCCUUUGCUGGGAUGAUGCCAGCCUCUGUGUAUCCAAACCAUUGGUCCGGUUUGCCCAGUCCAGUGGGCAUGUUUGCUACAGCCGGUAUGGUCCCGUACCCAGCCAUGGGCAGCCCAGCACUGCAGACUUUUCCUCUGGUGGUGAAAAGCCCAGACGCCCCGAUGUGCCCCAGCAAAGCCAGGACUGCAUAGGAGUGCCACCCUGCACUCCAAGCACCACAACAGAUGCUGUUUUUUUGCGUAAGGCUAAUCAAUGCACACUUGCAGAAGGAUAAUCAUGCAAGCUCAACACAGCUGAUUACAGACAUUUUCUCCUGGAUGAAUGAAUUGCCCACUAGUUCGCAGAGCAGUGGGAAUUUCUGCAACACUCUAGAAUAUGUUUUUAACUCUGCUUCAGGAUCAAACCACAAACUCUGAAAUGUCAGUGUGCUUUAGGUCGCUGUUGGAUUAUGGACACAUCUGUGCAAAGCCUUUGAGCCUGUAAAUAUGAGGUGUGUGUAUGUGAAAUUGUGCAUGAGGGGUGUGUUUGUGUCAGAACAGUCCUGUGGGCACUGCUUUCGCUUUUUUCCCUUUUUUGAAGACCUUUUAGUUCUUAUGUUUGAAUCUGUAUUGAGGUGUGUUAGUAAAGGGUUUGGCUGAGAGUACUGCAGGACCAUGGCCUUCAAUUCUACUGCCAUAGAGGAUCAUUUUAUAAUAAUUUUCCCCAUAAUUCAACAUACUGUGAGUGACUAACCUACGGUAGCAUGAGCAGGCGGCUCUUGGAGCUAUAGACAUAUUUCAAAAAACACGAGCAGAAUAAAUUUAGUCAUUCUUACAAUGAUGUAAGAAUUGAAAUUCAUGCUGCUUGUGUUUUAUAAGAGGCUAAAUGCUCAAAGUUGUCAUGAUUGAUUAUAGAAAUAUCAGUCCUACUUUUCAGUAAUACUGUUUAGAAUAUUUUUCAUAAAUUUACAGCACUUUUGAGUGGCUUUCAUUGGCUGUUUACAGAAAUAUCCAGCAUUUUUAAACCAUUUCAGACCACAGGACAAAAUCCCUACAUGAAAAUUAAUAAUUCAGGACGAUGUAGUGCCUUGAUCAGUUUUCCCUCUAAAAGUAUGACUCACUUCUGAGGACAAGCCAUUCCUCUGUGGUUUAGCAUGAUUUUCCUUUUGUUCCUAAUGCAAUAGUUUUUUUCAUAAGCCUUUUUUUCAGUCAUGUGGUGGUUUACAUAUUUACUGUCCCGUUUGUUGAAGCGAGUUUGCAAUCAAUACAUUUAACAUAAUUUUAAGUUUAAAUAGGAGCUAGUCUGUGCAGAUUGAUAAAUGAGUGCAGUUCCAGCUGUUGAUGCUUGGGUUUCUGAUCGUUGUACUGCAUUCAUAAGCAAUACUGCACUACCAUACUGUACUACAGCUGUACUAAGCACAGAGGAAGUGAACAAAUUGUUUACAUUGCGAUGAUGUAAUGUAUUAAUGCAUGCCAUCAAAGCGUUGCACAUACCAAAAUACAAAAUUAAGAAUUGCUAUUUGAAUAUAUCAAGGAGCAUUUUAUGUGCUUGUGGUCUUGCAGAAACCCAAAGUGCGCCACCUUCCCUCUUUAGAGUGUAACACAGGGACUGAAUGCAGGUUUGACUUUGGAAUCAGUGUUGUGUGAACCCCGGAUGUAGCAUGUCAAAUGCUGGAGCAGCACAUUGACAUUACAUGCAUGUGAAUCAAUCCCCCUGUUAUGUGCACCAUAAACCUCACCUAUAAUGUAAAAGCUAGCCAGACUUGGCACAGAGCAGAUCUACUUUGCAUUCAUACACACAAGUUAAGUUACUAUUUUAUCAACUCUAUGAUUUUUAUUUGCUUUGAAUAACAGCUGAAGAUUUUGUUUGUUUGUUUUCUCCAUUUGCUCUGUUAUGAGCUCUUUCACAGUGUCGGUGAUGUUGAGAUAAUAUUUAAAUUUCUUUUAGUAGGGCAGUUCAAUUGUUGUUUCAUAAAAGUGAUCCAAUAUGGGAGAACAUGCAAGCAAUUGAAUAUUAGCUCACACAGAUACACAUGUACAAAAUGUAUCUGUUUCCAAAACCCACAUCCCAGUUUAUACAGUUUUAUUUGUUAUACAUUUCUGAUAGAGCCAGCAGGCUGUUUUCUUUCUGAAUUCUUCCAUAUUCUUCAUCAGACUUUGAGUUUUUUUUAAACCUCAUUUUCAACAGUAUCUUUGUAAAAGGCUGCGACCCACACAACUGCCAAACUGUGAAUUGUACAGUCCUCUUGUAUUCAUUUUAUCAGUGCUUUUGAUGCAUCUUCUGUCCUUUAAUGUGUCACUCCAUCCAUUCAUUUGUACAGGAUGUUCAAUCAGUCAGAAUGAUCUGCUUCAUGUGAAAUGCUUCCAGUAGGAAGGGGUUUCUGAUAUUGUUUUUGCUGUGUAAUGCUAAAAUCUCUGUCAAUAAUUACUUUACUUUGCCAUGUUAGUGACUUACUGAUCAAUCUGAUGUGGCGUUUAAUAGGUUGUGGACUUUUUUUUUUUUUCCUGCAUUGGCGCUCUGUGAAUGGUUGCUUAUGAUGCACACCCUUCAAUUAAUUACUUUACACCGCUCAGAUACAAAAUGCACUCACAACAC